GACAAUCCGCGUUCAACGGAUACGACUAACAAGUGUAAAAUAUUAUUACAUAUGCCCAUCUUUGAACAAACAUGUUUGAAGGAAGGAUUAGAGAAACCCUCAAUAUAUCAGCCCUACCAAGUCCUCAUGACCGCUAUAAAAUAGAAAAAAAACUUGGCUCUGGCCUUUUCGGAAAAGUUUUCCAAGCUGCCGACGACCAGGCCACCGGAAAAGUUGUUGCUGUAAAAGUAAUCAACUAUACUGAUACAAACGAAGACCAUGUACAAGAUGAAUAUAAAAUCCUUAGGGACUUUACAAAACAUCCAAAUAUAAUCGACUUCUACGGCGUUUUUUGCGAACGUACAGAAUAUGUCAAGAAGGUCUGGUUCGUUGUCGAGCUAUGCGAAUUCGGAUCUGUCAUGGACAUUGUCAGAAAGUUGAAAGCGGCAGACAAAAAAAUGUCCGAAGAACACAUCGCUUACAUCCUCAAAUAUACGAUCAAGGCACUUGUCUAUUUACACGAAAACAAAGUGAUACACCGUAACAUACGAUGCAGUAAUAUACUAAUAAAAAGUAACGGAGAAAUUAAAAUAUGUGACUUCGCACUGGCAUGCCGACUAAGUGAUUCCAUGGAAAAGACAAAGACUAAUAUUGGAUCACCAAGCUGGAUGGCUCCGGAAAUAAUUAUUGGCGGAGAAGGUUACGGAAUUAGAGUUGACACCUGGGCAAUUGGAAUAAGCACUAUAGAAAUGGUUGAUGGUAAAGCUCCAUUCGAAGAUAUGCACCCAAUGGGAGCGCUAUUCCAAAUUGUACGGAAUCCGCCACCAAGCUUGGCAAAACCAUCAAUGUCUUCCAACGACAUAAACGAUUUUAUUACAGAGUGCUUGGAAAAAAAUCCAGAGCAUCGUCCCUUCGUAAUGGAGCUAGAAGAACAUCCUUUUAUACAAUCAGUUCCAGAAAAUGAUUUCCAUUUAUCUACUGAAAUAAAAAUGCUAUUCAACGACAUGCAAGAAAAAGAGCUACCGCCCAGACGAGCGGAACGCAUUAUUAAAGAUGGGUUACUUUAUACUCAAGGACGACCUGAAUCUGAAACAAUGCAAGUAGAAGAUCUGGCAGCUUUAGAUUAUUUAACAGAAGACAAUGUCCUCACAGAACUUCACACAAAGUUAGAAAAAGGGUCGUUUGCAUCCUUUAUUGGAGAUAUAUUGUUAAUAUUAAAUCCUAAUCAAUCUGACGAUAUUUACAAUGAACAUUAUCACAAAAAAUAUGAAUGCAAAUCUAGAUCAGACAACGAACCACAUAUUUUUGCGGUUGCGGAUAGUGCCUUUCAAAACGCUCUUCACCACAAUGAACAGCAAUAUAUUUUAUUUUCUGGUGAAUGCAAGUCUGGGAAAACAACAAACGUAAUGCAUGCACUUUCUCACCUCGCAUAUUUAGGUGCAAUGAAAAAUAAUACAGGAGAAAGGAUUCAAAAUGCAGCAACUGUAAUUAAUGCUUGUAUAAGUGGAGCAACUCCAAUAAACGCAAAUUCUACAAGAGCAAUUACUAAUAUACAAGUGACGUAUGGAAGUUCUGGUAAAUUAAGUGGUGCCAUAUUUUGGCUGUAUCAACUUGAGAAAUGGCGUGUGUCUUCAACAGACAUGGCACACGCAAAUUUUAAUAUCAUGUACUAUUUUUACGAUGCGAAAGAGGCAGAAGAUAAAUUAGAAGAACUGUGUUUAGAAAAAUAUCGCAAACAUAGGUAUUUGAGAAUCUUAGACGAAUCAAUAAGAAUUACGCCUGGUGCACGCGAACACGCGAAGGAUAAUGUUAAACAAUAUAACAAUAUUAUUGAAUACCUCAAACAAUUAGAUUGGCAGGAAGAAGAAAUCAAAUUUUUUGAAACUGUUCUGGCUGCUAUUUUAGUUCUGGGAAAUGUUAGAUUUAGAGAUGGUAAGAACGGGUCCGCGGAAAUAGAAAAUCCAGAAGAAGCCAAGAAAGUUGCUAAAUUGCUAGCUCUAGAUGAAACCAAGUUUAUGUGGGCAUUACUUAACUAUUGCCUUAUAGAAAAUGGAUCUGCAGUCAAAAGAAAACACUGCACUGAUGAUGCUAGGGAUGCACGAGAUACAUUAGCAAGUACGUUGUAUAGAAGAUUUGUUGACUGGGUAGUGAAUGUAAUCAACUCUAAAUUGGCAUUCAUGAGAUCCGUCUUCGGUGAUAAAUACUCUGUAAGUCUUAUAGACUUGUUUGGUUUCGAGUGUUAUCAUAGAAAUCGAUUAGAACAACUAAUUGUUAACACAACAAAUGAACAGCUGCAAUUUCUUUACAAUCAAAAAAUUUUUGCCUGGGAAAUGCAGGAAGAAGAAGAAGAAGAGAUUCCAGUAAUACCUUUACACUAUUAUGAUAAUAAAGGUAGUGUGGACCAACUUAUGGCGCGCCCUGCAGGGAUAUUUUAUGUAUUGGACGAAGCAAGCCGUACUGGAAGUGGGCUCGAAUUUAUUAUGUCCACUAUCAAAUCAAAUUGUAAAGGACCAUACGUCAAGCUAGCAGGUAGCCACGAAUUCAGUGUGGCUCACUACACCGGAAAAGUAAACUAUGAUGCUAGAGAAAUGGCAGAUAAAAAUAAAGAUUUCUUGCCUCCUGAAAUGAUAGAAACAAUGAGAGCGUCGGAAAAUAGUACAGUACAGGAACUAUUCAAAAAUAGACUUACAAUAACCGGUAAUCUCACGAUAGCUGUUGAUUCAUCGAAAUCAGCGAGUGGGUUAAAGUCACAAAAAGACGCGGAAAAUACUAAGGCACAGAAAUUCAACACCAUUUCAAAAGGCCAAUAUUCACAAGUACGACGCAUGAGAACAGCGGCGGCCACGUAUAGAGCUACAAGCCUUGAACUCCUAAAAGAACUGUCAGCCAGUGGUGGCAUAUAUUUCGUAAGAUGUAUCAGAACGGAUCUGAAUGAUAAUCCUCGAGGAUUUCAACCAGAAGUUGUGAAGCAACAAUUGAGGGCGAUGGCAGUUUUGGAUACAGCUAAAGCUCGCCAAUGUGGAUUUUCUUAUAGAAUUCCGUUUGCUGAAUUCAUUAAACGAUAUCGAUUCCUCGCCUUCGACUUUGACGAGAACGUGGAAGAAACGAAAGACAACUGCAGAUUGUUAUUGAUAAGACUUAAGAUGGAAGGUUGGGAAUUAGGAAAAACGAAAGUCUUUCUCAAAUACUAUAAUGAAGAGUUCUUAUCUAGGUUAUACGAAACACAAGUAAAAAAAAUUGUCAAAGUACAAAGCAUGAUGCGAGCAUUUUUGGGUAAACGUAAAGCUGCACAGAGCAAGUCUAAAGCUCAGCAUAUUAAAGAGCUGAAAAAACAGAAAUCAGCGAAUAUGAAUGAAGAUGAUGCUGCACUGGUGAUUCAAAAAGCUUACAGAGGACACGUCGUACGAAAAACAUAUGGACCUGUUGUAAACAAAACAGGUGACAUCGAUCCGUCGACGUCGGUUUUUCUGAAGCGCUUUGCGAGAAAAUGGAAGAGUAAAUCGCUUUUCCAAGUCCUACUUCAAUACCGUGCUUUUCGUUAUCAAGAUCUAGUUCAUUUCUCGCAGCAGAUUCAUAUUUAUAAUCAAGCAUUUAUGGAACUGCAAUCAAACAGUAGCACACCAGUUCUAUUGGACCGAGUAAAACCUCAAGUCAAACUCGACUUCCUUGGGGGAGGGAAACCAACAGUUUGGAAAUUACCAUUCCGCUUGGACGAAAUCCAGUUUUAUGACACGGCACAUAUGUGUGAUCCCAACGUUAAGAGCACCGACACAUUUGCCAGUCCUAACGAUUCAGACCACGAGCAGUGGGACGAACCUUUCAAACAUCGGUUUAGUUCGGCAGGCUCGAACACCAGAACGAAGAGCACACAGACGCUCCUUACCGUGCCCUUCUGCAGAGAUCCCACCCAGCCCAUGCCGAAAUUGCCCGAUGAACGAACGGAGUACACUCCGAACAGGCCAGUUGUUUAUAAAAAGAAAGCUGUUUCGUCGCCGCAAAAGUUUUACCAACCGCCGACGCCGUGGGCGACUCAUGUUGACGAUACAGAUGUCAGUGUCCCGCUACGGCGUGCCAGCCUCUACGGCACGGACGGUUCAGAACCCUGUGACCCCAUUCGCGAGCUUCAAGCACUCGCGAAAUCAACCGGGGACUUAAACGAAGAGGACGAUCCUCCGUUCAACUUUCAAGCUAUGCUGAAAAAAACGCCGAAGAAUAGAGCGUCUAUGAAGAGAUAUGGGGGCGGCGGGGAAAAUGAUAUGCUGGAGAGGAAACAGGCUCCGCCAAAGCGACUUAUAUCUCCCAUGGGACCCGGAUCAAACAAACAAGGCUACGGCGGCUCUGCGCCUACAUCACCUAUGUCGCCUACUUACACAUACGAUGACCCUCUGUCCAGAAGAAAUAAGAACUUCGUCGACAACAGAGACGACAACCAAACAGUUCAAAUAGCUCCUGGCAUAUCCGUUGAGGGUACUGUAACUGACUUGUAAGCAAAU